UGUCUUACAGAAGUCAAGCCGUGAACUCGGCCAAGCUGUAGGAGUGGUAGUAACCCUUGUCCUUCUAUAUCCACUACGCUUGGUAACUUGGGCAUAUUGGAAUCGGAGGCCGUCGAAAAAGGUACCUAUCAAGGUGCCAUCGUCGUUCGAUCCCGCGCCCCUUUUCUACCCUCCGGCCUUGACAGUCUUAGUUUCAUCACUGAUCGCCGUCGAUAAUCCAACCUUACUACUUCCUAACAUUAUCCUCGCGCUGUGCUCCAUACCACCACCAUUAAUUCCUACGCUGUCCUUGGAUGGCGAAGAUUUGAGCUCCCUUCACUGGAUUUUGACAUCAGUGCCUUUAGUUAAAGAUGGGAGCGCUAGCGGACUACCAAUGGCCCUUUCUCCAGAGACAGCAAUUCUCCUCUAUCCCUUGCAUCACAGUCUUCUCAGCGUUUUAAACCGCCUGAUGACUACCAGUCUCCUCGCAGCCGAGCUGCAACUGCUCUCUAUCGGUCUUAUCAAUAUCCUUCUAUUAUCCUCCUCCCCACAGAUCACCAUCUUGAAGGCAAUGCUAUGGGUGGGUGGCCUUGAUAUACUAGUGUCGUGUAGCAAACCAAUUCGUUGGGGCAUAGCGCUUGCCCGUAUACCCAAAUGGCGCUUCAAGCGCCCAUCGACUUCCAAGACGCGACAUAUUACUUUCCUCUCAACAGUGAUGUCGUGGCAGAGGAUGAGGCAUGAUUUAUUUCAUGCGCCCUUGGACAGCUCUUCCUGCAGCUCUUGCGAAGCUAUUGAUGAUCCGGAUGACACAGAUGACCUCAUUUCCCAGAUGUCGAGAGGACUCGCUCGAGUGCGGUCCACCGGUACCGACGGUGCUUCCCACCUCCAGGAUCAUGAGCCAAAUGAUACCUUGGAUGUCAGCCAAGUCACAGAGAAGACUGAAACAACACAGCUUCGUAGACACACCCUACCAGGAACCGGUAGACAACGAAAACCCCAAACCCAUACACCUUCUGGCCGAAAAAAGCGAUCGGCAUCCUUGUCAUUAAAUACAUUUGUCUCGCUCACCUAUAGACAAGCAGUCUUCCGAAAGUGGAUUUAUGCUUUCUACGUUUAUGUUUGCAUAAUUGGCGCUAUAUUUAUCCCCAUAUCCGCGAUUGGCGUCAAGGACGUCGUCAUGCAAGACUCAUUACAAGGCGACGAACCUGUCGGUUGGGCAUUAGGCUAUCUAUUCGGGGAUAUUCAGUGGUUCCGGUGGCAGGUGGUUAGCCACAAUCUGGGAUCGUGGAUCUGCCUUCCACUUAGGUCAUCUCGAUAUAUGAGCCAACCCCUACAGGAUGGAUGGGUAGAGCACCUACGCUUGUCCUUCGGCGAGGCAAAUACUCGCCUAGUCCUAAGUGCAUACUGCAUAGCCAUAAUCACAAUUGGUCUCAUUAUGGUCUUCAGUUUGUCACCUGUGUGCGAAGUAGACACGCGUCGCAAAGUCUUUCAUUUUAUGAUGGUGGCCAUGUUCCUCCCGGCGGUAUACAUUGACCCAUGCUUUGUAGCCCUGGCACUUUCCAUCGUCCUCGCUACGUUUCUACUUCUGGAUCUGCUGCGGGCUAGUCAGUUACCGCCUUUAUCUAAACCACUUGCUGUCUUUUUGGCCCCUUAUGUCGAUGGCCGGGAUCUUAGGGGUCCCGUUGUUAUCUCACAUAUUUUCCUCCUCAUCGGAUGUGCCAUUCCCCUUUGGUUAUCUCUGGGAUCCCUCUCUAGAACUGGCCACGGGCACCUAAGAGGUUGGGACGUGCCCACCCGCGAAGUUGCUAUGGUAUCUGGUGUCGUAUGUGUGGGCCUGGGCGACGCAGCCGCUUCCUUAAUUGGGCGACGCUACGGACGCCGUAAGUGGUUCUGGGGCGGAGGGAAAAGUCUAGAGGGAAGCGUUGCCUUCGCAACAGCCGUAUUCAUAGGUCUUAUGGCCGCUCACUUAUGGCUGCGCCUUGGCGGAUGGCUUGCCACCAACCGAUCCGCCGAUACUUGGCAAACCACGAUACAUAAAAUGGGCACAUGUGCCAGCAUGGCCAGUCUUACGGAGGCUGUACUCACUGGUGGGAAUGAUAACGUCGUAGUACCUAUAGUCUUAUGGACCUGUGUGAAGAGUUUGGAUGUAUAGUGUUUCCCUCAAUAACGAAAACGAAGAAAAGUGCGGGAUAGUUGCACUGGUGGUGAUUGCUAGACAUGGGGCAAGGUAGAGUCUGUUUGUGUGCAUAAACCGGCGUCUCUGCAUCGUACGGCGUAUCGGUAGGGAACAGAGCAAAAAACACUUGCCAUAGCAUUUCGGAGAUGGGAAUUUGGUACGAUUAUAUCCAGGACAAUUAUUCUUUUUCCGGUACCUUCUUGUUCUUGUUGGGAUCAUAUGAUAGACUAAUGGAUGGCUGAUAUAUUCCAGGCGUGUUCCAUCUAUUGAGGGUAGGUAUAUGGGUAGGUGGCGGCGAGUUCACAAAGGUAUGAAACGAGAGGCAUGUUCUAUAUCUGUCCAUAUAUUAUUCACCACGUAGAACAAUACCCUUUCUCUGGCUACUGCUCUUUGGUAAAACCAAUCAAGACGUUACCGGUGUCACUGAGAAAAAUGGAAUAACCGAUCCAUUGUCCGUCGAUACCUGCGUCGUUCGGGGGCACAGAGAGAAAGAGCAACCGGCUCAUUGCCCUCAGAGUCUUUGAGAUUUAGGUUCAAGAUUCGCAUCUCGAUUUGCGCAGCAAGUCGAGUAUUACAUGCUAAGAAGAUUGUAAGGAAAGAUUGGCAGAUGACGCAAUGUCCGGGGUCAUGUAGAUACUUACCAAUCAAAGUCGUG